AUGGCGCACCGCCCGCCCUCGCUGGCCGCCCUCGACGACGACGAGCCGUGGGACUAUGCCGCCGUCACUCGCUACCUUCUUGUUAUCUUGCAAUACUCGUAUCCCGUAUUCUUGCUCGUCUUCUUUCUCAUCGCCUUUACCGUCCGCAGCAUUGCCGCCUCUAAUUCUAAUUCUAAUGUCGCCAAACCCACCACCACGGGCCCGGGGGGGAAACCGCUGCCCGCCACCGAUCCUACCCGCAACUUCGUCAAGAGGACCUCUCAGGACGAUGUCACCCACUCGCAGAAGCUGCUCUUUACCUGGUUGUCUCUGUUUGCCGCCGCUACCUUCGUGGGCAAUGCUGCCGUGAGCGUGUCCCAUGCCGUCGUCGAGAAGACCGACACCUGGUGGGCCGGCAACGACGUCGUGGUCUAUCUAAUUGGAUCAUUCUUCGUCUACUGCCUGUUCCUCAUCUCGCUCAUCGACUCGAAACCCUCGCCCACCGCUGCCCACCUCGCGACAUGGAUAAUGGCCGCUGUGCUUGAGAUUGUACUGGUCGGCCUGUCUCUGUCACUCUACACCCAUGCGCACAAGCAACCCACCCUGGAUCCGGAGAAAGACUAUGUCAGCUGGGGUGUAACCCGAUGGGAAGCCGGCGAGGUGGCUUUCGACUUUCUGCGCGUCAUCAUACUCCUGGCAUUGAUUGGCUUCUACCUUAUUUUCGUGUCACUCCGUCAGCGAAAGUCCAUCCGCGAGUCCGCCAGUACGAGUGAGACAACAUCGCUGCUUGGGGGUGCUGAGCGGGAAGGUAGCGCGGAAAAUGGUCACGCGAACGGCUCAUAUGGCUCGGUCCACCCUGUCGGUGGCAAACACCAACAUACCGAAGGAGCCCCACCCGCUUGGAGUAGGCCGACGGGCGCUCCUGCGCGCAGCUGGUGGGAAUACCUCAAGGGCUACAAGGUCUUCUUCCCGUAUCUGUGGCCGUCGAAGGACCGUCGCUUGCAGAUCAUGGUAGUAAUCUGCUUCGUCAUCGUUCUCCUUCAGCGCAUCGUCAACGUGCUCGUUCCCGAUCAGAUUGGUCGUAUCACGGACAGGCUCGAAGACGGGUCCAGAGGAAAUCCAUGGCAGGCCAUCAUGCUCUUCAUCGCUUUUCGGUUCAUCCAGGGUAACAAUGGUCUGCUUGGCGCAAUUCGAUCGACUCUCUGGAUCCCAGUCGGGCAGUAUUCCUACCGAGAGUUGUCUGUUGCGGCCUUCGAACACGUGCACAGUCUGAGCCUUGAUUUCCACCUUGGCAAGAAGACAGGCGAGGUUCUUUCCGCCCUCGGCAAAGGCAGCUCUAUCAACACAUUCUUGGAGCAGGUGACCUUCCAGGUCGUCCCAAUGCUUGUCGACCUCGCUGUCGCUGUUGGCUACUUUCUUUACAAAUUCGACGCUACUUACGCGCUAGUUCUUUGCAUAGUCACGUUCUGGUACAUCUAUCUGACCAUCCGCAUGGCGCAAUGGCGGGCUGAAAUACGCCGAGAAAUGGUCAACGCGGACCGUGAAGAAGAUGCCGUCAAGAACGACUCCAUGGUAUCGUACGAAACGGUCAAGUAUUUCAACGCCGAGGCGUACGAAUUCAACCGAUACCGCAACGCGGUGCGCAAGUUUCAAGAAGCAGAGUAUACGGUUCUCUUUUCGCUUAACCUUAUGAACGUCUCCCAAAACAUGGUUUUUAUGCUAGGACUCCUUGUUGUUUGCUUCAUCGCAGCUCAUCAGGUUGUCAAAGGCGAGCAAGGGACUGGUGACUUUGUUACGCUCGUAACAUACAUGGGUCAGCUACAGAGCCCGCUCAAUUUCUUCGGGACAUUCUACCGGAUGAUCCAAUCGGCAUUGAUCAAUUCGGAGCGUAUGCUCGAGCUUUUCAAAGAACAGCCGACCGUUGUGGACAAGCCAGAUGCGAAGACGCUCCCAUCGUGCGAGGGUGAGCUUCGAUUCAAUGACGUCCACUUUUCGUACGACGAACGCAAGCCCGCUCUUACUGGGUUAGAUUUCCAAUGCCCACCCGGUACAACGACUGCAUUCGUCGGAGAGUCUGGUGGUGGAAAAUCUACCGUCUUCCGUCUGAUGUAUCGUUUCUAUAAUACGCAAUCUGGUAGCAUUCAGAUUGACGGCCGCGAUGUUGAAGAUCUUACCAUCGACUCCGUUCGAAGCCACAUUGGCGUUGUACCGCAGGAUACGGUUCUGUUCAACGAAUCGCUCAUGUAUAACCUCAAGUACGCGAAUCAAGACGCUACGAAUGAGGAGGUAUAUGCUGCUUGCCGCGCCGCGAGUAUUCAUGACAAGAUCAUGUCCUUCCCAGACCAGUACGAUACCAAAGUUGGCGAGCGCGGUCUGCGUCUUUCAGGAGGUGAGAAGCAGCGUGUAGCCAUUGCCCGCACGAUCCUGAAGAACCCACGCAUCAUUAUGCUUGAUGAAGCGACCGCUGCCCUUGACACCGAGACCGAACAGCAUAUCCAGGAAGCCUUCACCACCCUAGCACAGGGCCGUACCAUGCUGAUCAUUGCCCAUCGACUCAGUACUAUUACACAUGCUGAUCAGAUUCUCGUUCUUCACAAAGGCAAGGUAGCUGAGCGUGGUACACACGAAGAGCUCCUGGAGAAGAAUGGACACUACGCAGCCAUGUGGAAGAAGCAGAUCCGCGCACAAAGAGCCGCAGAACAGGCGAAGGCGCUCAAAGAUAAGGCAGAUAGACUAAGACGAGAGUCGAAAGACGGUAACAUUGGUCUGGGCGAUGACAGCAGCAGCCAUUCUGCUUCCUCUUCCGACGAUGAGCGGAUGAAGAAGUCAAAAGCAGCUCAACGGGCGAAAGACGAUCGCGAUAGCCAUGACACGGGCAAACCUCCUGGGCAUCCUUGA